AUGUGUACCCCGCCCCCAAAACUGCUCCACAUCUGGCUGAUGCGUACCCGCUUCCCUCCCACUCAGAUCACUCUACAGUUCUCCAUUAACUACGGACAUUACCAGCUGUGUUGUGGCUCAGUUGUCUGUCUUUCUUUCAGGAGAAACUCGGAGUUGUUGCUGGAACUCUGUGAAGAUCCAGCAACAUGUUUCCCCCGCAACACCUUCCCGAGGGACCCGUCAGCCUACCUUCACGACCCGUACCCGCCUCCCCCGGUCCCCCACACCUACGAUUACAAUCACGAGAGCCGGGCUGCUGUCAACAACUUCCAUGGUCCUGGACCACAGAGGUUUCCAACAUAUGAAUGGAAAGGCAGGCCACUACCUCCAGCCCCUCGUCCAGUCCAUCAUCCCUACACACCAAACAUGACCAAUGGUCGCAAGAGACAGAAUAGCGAAUACAGCCCUAAUGUUGUAAAGCGCCAACGCAUUGAGUCCCAUCCCCACCCGUACUCAUCCCCCACUGUACCUCAAACGCCUCCCCCUCGUCGUCCUGACCGGGCGGUGGCAGGGUCAUCGAGAUCAGCCUUUGUUGGUCAUGAUCAUUCCUUUCUGAGUACACCUGCCAUCAUCCACCCUCAGAGGACAGAUGUCCCUGAGAACUUCAACAGCCUGCAGGCCUAUGCUAGGGACAAGUUGAGCUGUCAGAUGUUGGAGAUGUUCGAGGCCUGCCAACAGCAAGCUCCUGAUCUGGCUCGAAAGGAGUUGUGCCGAACACGACUGCAGGACGACAUACAGGGUGUCUAUCCAGUGGCUCGGCUUUACCUGACUGGAUCUUCUAUGAACGGAUUGGGCUGCAGGAGCAGUGAUGCUGAUAUGUGUCUGGUUAUCAAAGGAAAUAAAAAACACGAUCCUAUUAACGUCCUCAGUGUCCUCCAAAGGUUGUUCAAGUCACUACCAUAUGUAGAGAGGACUCAGCUGAUCAGAGCCAAAGUGCCCAUCCUCAGGUUCAGAGAGAAAGGCAGUGAUCUAGAGUUUGAUCUGAAUUUCAACAAUACAGUGGGCAUCAGAAACACAUUCCUUCUGAGGAGUUAUGCCUUUGCUGAACUCAGGAUAAGACCCAUGAUCCUCGUCGUCAAGAAAUGGGCCCGACACAAUCGAAUCAACGAUGCCAGCAAAGGAACGCUGAGCAGCUACACGCUCGUGCUGUUGGUCCUGCACUACCUCCAGACUCUCAAUGAACCUGUCCUUCCCUCUCUACAGAUGGACUACCCUGACUCUUUUUAUCCCCUCAUCGACAUUGACAUGGUUCCAGAGGGGCCCAAACACAUCCCUCCCUACAUAUCAAGCAACCAGUCCUCUCUUGGAGAGCUUUUUCUGGGCUUUCUCAAAUACUAUGCCACGGUCUUCAGGUGGGAUACGAAGGUGAUCUCUGUUCGAGAGGCCAAAGCUUUUCCCAAGAACAACUCUCCGACAUGGAGAAACAAAUUCAUUUGUGUGGAAGAACCAUUUGAAAGAAACAACGUGGCCAGAGCAGUCCAUGAGAAGAUCAAGUUUGACGCCAUCAAAGCUGAGUUUGCUGAGUCAUAUCGGAUACUAGAGGACCUGCUGGACCUGAACGCCAUCCUCCCAGUCAGAGAAAUCAUUAAUGAGGAGUCAUCCAGGAGAUAAGGGGUUUCUCUCAUUAGACGAGCGGACAGGAUCUCUUCUACCUCAACAGAAGCCUCUCCCCGGAAACAAAAGAGAGAACCAUUCGGAUGUGCUCAAAGCCAGAAAAAAAAAUGUAAGACUCUGAAUGCUCUCGCUGCCUUGGUACCGGCCACAUAGUGUUUUUCCAGCCGCAGUACCUGUUGAAAAUACUGGUUCAUAUUCAAAGGCUUCGAAGACUUCAAAUAAAUAAAGCCAAAUGUACAAAUACAAGAUUUCUAAGGUGACAUCUGAGGGCUCUGAAAUCCUCAUUUGGUUACGCUGCACUGGCGCAGGAUAAUAAUGGUCAGUGUUUUUAAGGAUAGUUAUAGCUGCUACAUAACACUCUUUCCCAACACAACUGGAAAAUAGUUAGGAAUAUUGAAAAAGGAUGAAAAGACAAAAUACUUCCUGCAAUGUGUUCGAAGCCUUAUUAAAUGGAAGCACCAACAUUUGGUUUGACUGUUCUCAACACAGUUUAUCUCAGUUAGGUUUAUAUCCACAUUGUUAGAGCCAUAGUUUUGCAUCAUAUGUACAGUUUGUAGGCUACAGCCUGUUUGGACCAACUUCUAAUAUCAAAGCCUUUCGUUCUAUUUUUCUAGGUCAGUAGUGAAGCUAUCCUGGGUUUAAACAUCUGUAGACAUUUUUUUUCUACAUCUGUCCUCUCCUUUUUCAUUAUCAUCAUCUUUAAGUUGUUAAAAUCCCUUAAUACUGAGCUUGUUUAAGUUGGUGUUAUUGUUUAAGUGACUCUGGGGAUCAUUAGAGGGCUGCGGGGGGCCACACUCUGGAUGUUUUCACUUCUUCAUCAUUGCUCCUGAUGUGCUGUAUUCAUUAUACUUGACAGACCCAUGCUGUGUCAUUUUAGGUCAGUAUCUCCUUGAUUUAUUUGGAGAAAAAGCUCACGCUAUUCCUUUAUUAUUCUGAUCAUUCAGUACAUAAGUUAUUUAAAUAAUUUGCUCUUCAUUGUGACUUUUUUUCUUCUUCUUUGGAUUAUAUUUUCUCUUUUGUACAUUUUGUACAAAGCUGAACUUUUAAAUGUUUAUUUAAAAAAUUAAAUAUCUGAGGAUGAUGAUUGUGUUGACUUCAUAUUUUUGUGCUUCAUGACAAACCCAAUUGAUUAUUAGCUAUAGACUCAUUGGAACUGAUAGAAGUUCAAAGUAUAGUACAUUCGCUUGAUUUUUUUUAUCUCUUGUUCAUAAUCAGAUGUGUUGACAGCUUAUUUGACAAAUUUGGUUUUGAGGCAUCUUUUAAUUUUAUGUUGUGUGUAAUAACUUGUAAUCAUAUUUGAUCACCUUGUAUCAGGAUCAGAGAUUUUAUCCACGAAAACAAUGUUUAAAGAGGCACUAUUGUGCAUUUUGGGGUUUUCCCUUUCCUUUAGUUUGUUCUAUAUGUUUUUGUGCAUGUAAAUGGUCUGCAAAGGCUUAAAUCCCAAAGAUAUCACAAGAGGGAGGUUCUCUCCCGCAGUUUCGACUGGAUUCCUUUGUUUCUUUCCGAGACAAUCACAUCAUUAUGUAACGUGUUGUACCUGAUAGAAUAAGGGGCGGGACAUCUCUCAGCAAUUGACAGGUCCAGCUAACCAUUAAGAGCAGACUGCAUCUCUGGUUUGAGACAGAGGCUGAAAGGAAGUGCUGCAGCACAGGCAUUAUUGAGAAAAAUAUAACUUCUUUUGAACAUAAAAACAUGCAAACAUGUCACAGUGGAGGCACAAAAUACAAAUAUGAACCAGAAAAUGAGCAGAAUAGGGCCCCUUUAACCUGAAACAUUGCCCAUAAGCACAAAUACCAUCCCAUACCUUUCACCUGAUAUUUUAAUGUAUUUUUUUGUGUCCUCAAGGUAA